AUGGCCGAAAACGCCUCCUCCCCCUACGACUAUGAUGGAGACUACGAGGAUGACUCCAGCUUGGAGGCCGGCGCCAGGUUGCGUGGCACCAUGCACGUGGUCUCCAUGGUGAUCUAUUCCAUCGCCUUUGUGUUGGGGGUGACGGGCAAUGGGCUGGUCAUUUUCAUCACCGGUUUUCAGAUGAAGAGGACGGUCAACGCCAUCUGGUUCCUCAACCUGGCCGUGGCCGACUUCAUCUUUACCUUCUUCCUCCCCCUCGGCGUGGCCUACGUGGCCCUGGGCUUCCACUGGCCCUUUGGCCGGGCCUUGUGCAAGAUCAACACCGCCGUGGCCUUCCUCAACAUGUUCGCCAGCGUCUUCCUCCUCACCGCCAUCAGCGCCGACCGUUGCGUCACCGUGGCCUGGCCAGUCUGGGCCCAGAACCACCGCUCGCCCCGGCUGGCCUCCCUGGUGGCCACGGCCGUGUGGUUGGCAGCCCUUGCUCUCAGCUGCCCCUAUGUGGUUUUCCGGGACACCAGGAGCUCCCCUUUUCAGGAGAAUGUCACUCACUGCUACAAUAACUACGCCCUGUCGGAUGGCUUCCAGGGGGAGGAGAUGGCUGGGCUGAGGGAGAGUCGGCACCGGGCCGUGGUGCUGACCCGGUUCGUGGCUGGCUUUCUGGUGCCAUUUGCCAUCAUCCUGGCCUGCUAUGUGGUCAUCGCGGCCAAGAUGAGGAGGAACCAGCUGGCCCGCUCUGGCAGGCCCUACAAGAUCAUGGUGGCCGUGGUGACGGCCUUCUUCCUCUGCUGGUUCCCCUACCACGUCUUCUCCUUCCUGGAGGUGUCGGUCACUGCGGUGACGCCCCAGCUCCAGUCGCUCCUGGCAGUGGGGAUCCCACUGGCCUCAGCCCUGGCCUAUCUCAACAGCUGCCUCAACCCCCUCCUCUACGUCUUCGUGGGCCGGGAUUUCAGGGAGAAGCUCCGGAGCUCGGUGCUGUCGGCCUUUGAAGGCGCCUUCAGCGAGGUCUCCGGCCAGUCCUCCCUCCCCGCCAGCAAGAGCAAGGCCAGCGCCAAGGCUGAGUGUCACCUGGUGUAG